AUGCUCUCUGGGUGGCUUUGCUUCCACCUCCUAAUCACCACCAUCUACGCAAGAGAUGUCAAGUUCACCGAAGCCUCCAACGCGGACCGCAUCAUCACCGCCAACUCAACCCGCGCACCUUACCACAUCCCGCCCGCGACCUGGGGCCGUCUCAUGUCCCCGCCCAACGCAACCGGCCACUUCCCCUUCCAGGGCCCCAACCUCUCCGCCCCGUACCCCGCCAACGACAGCACGCACACCACACCGCUCACCUGGGCCAUCUCCCUCGACAUCAAAGCCGACAUCUCCCUAGCCCACACCGAGUCUCCCCACAUAUUCAACACAUCAACCUACGUCUCAGGCGGCGUCCUCUCCCUCACGCCCCCUGAAGCCCUCAUCGCGCCGGCGCUUCACAACGGCACCGCGUACCGCCACCACCGCACCUGGAAAGUCUGCGCCUUCAGCAUCGCGCCGCCAAUCACCUGGACCCCCGCCACGCAGCGCGAAAUGCACGACGCCGGCGACUGCCAGGCCGUCUGGUCCGACGCCUGCGUCGCCUGGCUCACAUCCGCGAUCCAGUCCGAGUUCAUGAACAGAUUCGUCAAACCCGCCUGGGUGCAGGGCUACGAGAUCGCCCUGGACCGGGAGACGCACGCCAUGUUCGCGCCGUGGGGGGACGGACAGGCGGUGGCGGACGAGAUGAUCCCGUACGUGAACGGCUCGGCUGUGUUCCAGUGGGCGUCGGACUGGGGCGAGAAGGGGAAUCUGACGGCGUAUCAUCAGGAUACGGGGUUUUUCUGGCCGAUGUUUGCGGCGUUUGGGUUCAACGAGACGUGGAUGGCGCGGGAGGCGAACGCGUCGAAUGCGAGUUUGCCGCAGCCGCCGCUGGUGUCGUUUGUGUGCGCGCGGGCGCAGGCGGCGGCGGUGGGGAGCGAGAUUCCGGAGAGCGGCGGGGUGUUGGGUGGGAGGGUUUCGUGGGGUGUGCUGGGUCUGCUUGGGAUGUUUGCUGUGUGGCUUUUGUGA